AUGUCAUCCGCUUCGUGGUUAGUUGGUGUGGUCGUAUUGGCCUUGGCUGGAGUUGCCCUGGUUCGAGCCGAAAAAGUAAUGCGUCCCAAAUUCAAGGACAUCAAACUCUGGUCCGAUGACAAACAUGUCUCACAUUCCUUUAAGUUUGAUGAGAACGAUCCACACAUGAACAUCACCGUGGAUGUAUUGCAUGAAUUGCACGAUGUUGAUAUCCAAGCGGAAUUAAUGGUUAGCCAAAAACUGGAUCCCACCUAUCAUUUCGCCAUGAACACCACCAUGAAUUUGUGUCGCAUUGUCAACUGGCAUACAAAAUCGCCGGUGGGAGCCAUUGUUUCAACCUUCCUCAAGGAGUAUGGCAAUAUCAUUGACAAAUGUCCCAUUAGCAAGGGUCAGUAUUACAUGCACAAAUUCUGGAUUCCCGAGGAUACCUCGUUGGCCACUUUGCCCGAAGUUGAUUUUGCAUUGAAUGUCCAGGCCUACCAUGUAGAUGCGAACAAGCAAAAGACCCUGAUUAUCAAUGAUCAUGUUACUGGAGAAGUUGUCGUGCAAGAUGUUAACAAUGUGAAGCCAGGUCUAUUGGCCUUAUUGCCCAAGGUACCCGGUGGCUAAAUGCAAUGAGACACUGGGAACAUCACUCUAUUCCUUUAACUACCGUUACAUACAUAACACCAACAAUACCCAGCACACAUAGUAAUGUCAACAGAAGCCGUACCAACCAAAACAAACCGUACCAACUCUAUUAACCAUAUAUGUAGCAGUGUUUUUCGUUAAUUCUAAUCAAUACUUUGUUCAGUGGCUGUUAACCAAUUAA